AUGGCCGCUGCGAUUCCACCGCAUCCGACAUUGACCUUUCCGAUUCUGCAUGUUCGCGGAGGUAUCUCGAGUGCCGUCGAUGAUGCACAGAUCGUUCAAGCCUUGUCAGAAUGCCUCAGAGUUAGGUACGUGGAUGCAAUGGCCGAGCCCUCACCGUUGCAGAUCGCUGGUCCAGUUCAGUUGUCUGGCGGCCACGUUCUCAUUGGCGGCGGCGCUCGAGCCCCUUGUCGCACACGUCCCAGCUGGACCACGAAGGCGCCGCGAUGCUGACCCCGACGAGGGCUGGACGUUCGCAGACCCAACAUCCCGCGCGAAUCAGGGAGUCGGUGGGAAUCGGCGAAAGGCACCCUCGAGUUCGAGGACCUACAUCGAGGUCAGUCCAUUGGGCGAGGAUUCGCUCGUACCGAAGGGCUGCACCGGCCUCUAACCGCAUGGAGUUCGUUCGCGACGCUGCCACGUUCUGUUCAGCCGAGAAAGCGCUCGCCACGGUCAACAGGUAUCGUUUCCCCGGUGAAGACGAGCCAUUGCGCUUAUACGCUGCACCGACGUGCGACAAUCCCGUACCCAAAGCAAGGAGCCGCAUCGUCAAGUUGUUGCCAGAGACAAUGACGCCUGGUGCCCUCUUCGAGGCAUGCCGUCCCUUCGGCCCCAUUCACAGUAUCGUCGCAGUUCCGACACAGGCCUCGGACGGUUCAAUCUCAAUGAUCGUCACUUUUCUACGGGAAGAGCACGCCUUGGCUGCGACAAAGGAACUGCACCUCGCCGAGGUCGGGUCCCACACCGUCACCGUCGAGAUUUUCGAUCCAGCCAGUCAAACAUCUCCGAUCCCUCCCGCGGCGACAAUGGGAGCCAUCAGCGGCCGUCGGGGCGCAUUCCCCGCCCGUGGUGAAAGUCAUGGAUUUCAAAGUCCUGUAUGGCACACUACAUCAGCAGCAAAGAGUCCCGGUGUCGAUCAUGCCUGCAGUCCGUCAACGCAGUGGAGCCCAACCAACAGCAGAGUCGCAUCUUGGACCGCCCAGACGUCGAAGCCUCACCCUGGGUGGUCACCGCAACCAAGGUCCUUCUCCGGAACUCAGUCCAGGACCCAGGAAACCGACCAUUUGCUGUCGCCGACACGCCACUUAGAGCAUGGCAUCCCCGGCGUUGAUCCCUGUGAGCAAUUCGCUGGCGAUCAUUUUUUCUUCCCCGUGGCGGCCUGGAAUUUGCUCACAGGGUUUCUCUGUCCUUAGGCAACUUAUUCAUCAAAAACCUAGACCAGGCCACCACCACGGAGGCGUUACACACUCUGUUCCAGAGCUUCGGCACCAUCGUCUCGGCCCGCGUGAUGGAGGAACCGGUGACCAAAGCAUCAAAGGAGUUUGGCUUUGUCUCGUUUACCCGAGCCGAGGACGCGGCGAUGGCGUUGGCGGCGAUGAAUGGGUACGCAUUGCCCGAAAGCAACAAAAAAAUUAUUGUACGGCUCCACGAACCCAAGACCAUCCGCGAAGGUCGUUUGAGACGGCUCAGCGAUGCCUCGCGUGGGAGUACCCAGGACCUGGUCAACGUUGCUCGGGGUCUGACUUUGUCGGUCACCUCCUCGGCUUCCUCGUCCUAUUCGGUGAGACGCAUCGUCGCGGGGGGUCAGGGAAGAGACGCUGACCGAGCUCCCUUGGGUUAAUGUGUGCAGGACUGUGGUCGCUCCCCAUCCCCCAGUAGGAUCGCUCCAGAGUUUUCCUUCUCAAGCGCCGACACUUCGCCCGACCCGCCGCCGACGGAGGUCUUUCCACGUGCGAUCGCUGAAGCAGCAACUCCUUCAAAGCUUUCCGACCCCGAGCGACUGCGUGUGGCAGUCUCUCGCCUCUUGCCCGCAAAUCAGGUGGAAGAUGUGGUCUCAUUAAUUCUGGAGGUGCGGCGGGACCUACAAACUGUAUCGCCCUGUGACGAAGCGACUGACGCCCACACCACCCUUCGUGAACUGCGCAGCUGCCCAAGAAGGAGCAGAAGCUCUGCCUGUUCAACACCGCAAUCCUCAAGGAUAAAGUCGCGGAUGCAUGCGAGGUUUUGGCUGCGUGUGGAGAAGAAGAGUCUGUGCAGGACGGACCUUCUCGCCCUCAGCCGUCGACGCCCUCGGGAACCCCAAAGCCGUCGAUGACGGUUCCAGGCUCCUUGGAAGCUCUCGCCCGACUGCCGGUUGCCAGCAUCAUCCCGCUCCUGCCCUAUUGCAACUCUCUAGGCAUCGACGUCGCCGCCAAAGCGGCGCAGGAGGAGACAAACACUUUCAUGGACGGUCUCGAAGGCAAGCCCGUUCAUGAGAUGAAGCAAAAGCUCGGUGAGCGCGUGUUCAAGGCGAUCAAGGCGACGGGGGUCAAGGGGGCAGUGAGUCACAGCGAAUGGCAGCGGCCAUCGCGACCCGCAGGACAAGGGUGGUGGCUGACCUGAGCUCGUACAAUACCAGCCGCGAUACACGAUCUAUCUGCUGGACACGGAAGAGCUGCGACCGUUAGCGCACCUGCUGGCCUACCCGUCGAUUCUUCGGGAGAAGGUCUUGUCGAUAGGAGCCUCCCCACCCAAGUAG